AUGGUCGGGAAAGGUGUAGAUGCAAAAAGUAGCAGAAUUUUCCAUCAGUGCUAUUUGAAAUGUUGCAAAUUACAAAAUCUUAUGCCACUAAACAAUGUUUUACCUACGAACAAUGGGAAAGUUUUGGAUUUUUGUGUAGAUAGGAUAAAAUAUACAGAGUGGGCACCGAUUUUGAACGCGCUCAGUUGCGAUUUGAGUCUUCAUUCAGUUUCGAUACGAUGUCGUCAGCAGGUCAAAACAGUGUUGGAGCAUAUAUACUGCGAGCGGUUAGCGAAGACUGUUACGAAGCGCGCAGUGAUACUCACCAACUUUAUGCUCACUAAUCUGAUGGAAGCGGUUGCGCAAAUGCUUUCCGGUACGACGCUGCUGUCGUCGCUGCUGCUUGAAGGACUGCCCUUGAAAAUACCAUACUUGAAUCCACUUUGCGAGGCGCUGCUUAUGAACAGUUCCCUCCAGCAUCUAUAUCUACCACGGUGCCUCAUCGGUGACGCGGGUUGCCUGGCAAUCUGCAAAGCGGUGCGGUGUCUCCCCAACAUUCUUACCCUUGAUCUGUCCGGAUGUGAGAUCACGCCACUUGGGGCCAGUUAUUUAGCUGAUUUGAUAAAGUACCAAAAAAUUCAUCGGUACAGCGAGAAUUGGGUGCAUACGCUGCGGUACCGGUUGCCGGAGCUGGACGCGAUGGCCGGGCUGCGCCGCAUCACGCUCUGCGGCAACACGCAGCUCGCGGACGCAGGCUUCGCCACACUCGCCGACGUGCUGGCAGACGACCUGUGGAUCAAGGCGCUGGACGUGCAGGACUGCGGGCUGUCGGAGCAGAGCGCGGCGGGAGCGCUGCGCACGCUGCAGUCCAACAGCACGCUGGCCGUGCUGGACCUGCGCCGCAACGCGCACGUCGGCCCCGACUCGCUCGCGCGCCUGCGCGCCGCCUUGCGCAACGAGCGCGCCAUCGACGCACAGUACUCAUGGCUAUCUAGCACGUCGAGUGAUGGAAGACUAGUUAAAACAGUAGUAAAUAAGAAUGGAAUGGUGAAAGAAAGAGCCGCGUCCAACGUAAGGGGGAUUCCCAAUAAGUACAGUAAUAAGACAAAUGUGACAAAGAAGGAGAAAAAUUAUGCGGAAAUUCUAGAAGAUCAGCUGCAAGAGGAGAUAUCGCAUCGACAACAACUUGAAGAGUUGAACCUCCAACUGAUUGACCAGAUGAAGCAACUCAAGCAGCAGCAAAUGCGUUUGUGGGCCAAUGCUGCCAACUCUUCAGGUUCGGAACAAUCCUUGGUGCCCAGUUCGCUGUCGGGCGAGCGCUCGAGCAGCUCUGGUUCCUCUCGGUCCGUGCCCAUCGAGCAGAGCACGCUCUCCUACAUACAGCAGGCCUUCAGGGACAUCUAUGCUUUCAUUAAGGACAAUCAAUGUCACGGGCAAUGCGUCCAAGAAAAACCAGAACAAAUAAUAGCAGAAGUAACGGAGACGGAGGAAACACAUCGCAGCGAGGUACACGUCAGCAUGUUACCAAAGAAAGCGCAGAGCACACAUUUGAAGUUGAUCGAGAACACGAGGACUCAGAAAAUGACAAAGUCUGCGCAUUUGCUGGGCGACGUGCAACAUAUGAGAGAGAAUUUGGAAAUGAAUCCAGAUAUGUUUGAGAGACAAAUGGGAGAUACGCGGGAUACACAUGAUAGCGAACUGAGUGUGUUAGAUGAACUUGUUACAGCACAAUGCAAGAGUAAAAAGGGCAGUACAAACGAGCGCAGUCCGUGCAGCAGCGUGGUGAGCGACUCGUCCGACACGCUCGUGUGCUCGCCGGCGCCAAAUCCGCGCGAUGCCUUUGCCUCUUCCGAUGACGACGACGGCAGCGACUGA